AUGUAUAUGACGAACAAAUUGUUCACAACAAAACUUAAUGGAUGGUUAAGUGAUGUUUCACCUGAAAUAGGGCUGAGGUUGAAUGAGUUAAAGGUUAAUCAAAGGUUUUGGGAGGUAUUGCCAAGUGGACUCAACCGGUUUGAGACUAGGUUAGGAAGUGAGGCAUUUGAUGUUGAUCUAGACAAGAGGACAUGUUCAUGUAGGAUGUGGCAAAGUAAUGGUUAUGGGUGUGUUCAUUCUGUGCCUGCCAUUAGCUACCUUAAUAGAGAUGUGGAGAAAUACGUGGAUCCUUAUUUUUGUAGAGAAAUGUAUAUGAAGAUCUACCAGUACAAAAUCUGUCCAAUGAAUGAAAGCAAGAUGUGGCCUUUGAAUGGAAGCAAGAUGUGGCGUGAAACUAAUUUCCACCUUUACUCCCCAAGAAUUGAAGGAUGCCCGGCUCAAAAAAUGGAGAAAAAGACUGCAGAAGUGGGUGAAAAUGUGAAGAAAAAGACUGGAGAAGUGGCAAAUGGAAAUUAG